UUAGUGAUUUUUGAGUCGAACAAAAGUGACAGAUAGAGACGAGAAAAUUUGCAAACUUCACAGAAAUUUCUCACUGAAUUAACAUUAAAUCAAAGCGAACCCAGUUAAUUUGCAAACACAAAUGUUAACACCAUGCCGAAAUUGCAUGCGUCGUGGCCCCUUUUCAUUCUUACGUUAUUAGGAUUGGUGGCAAGAACCCGUUUAACCAUCUACGACGGCGGUCACGCAUUUAUCCCCAGCAGUCAUGACCGUUAUAUCAUGCAAGAUAUAUCUUCUAUGCAUGAGGAAUUAUCUUCUGAUAUUAGUUCAACAUUCAAUAAUUUGAAGUUAAAUUUAAGGUUUGAACCAGAAUUUUUGGAUUUUAAGCAAAGACCUUUAGGAGUACCCCAUGUGGAAAAAGUCAGGUUAAUAAAUGUUGAUAGAAAUAGAAGUGUUGAUAUGACUUCUAUUUCUGGAAGUACUGUUCAUUUUCAUAGUUCUUUUUUUGAAAAUAAGAAAAUUCCACCUAUGGGAAAUACAACGUUCAAUGUUGUGUUUCUUGGUCGAGAGGAAGGAUCUAUUGAAAGUAGUUUAUACAUUCACACUACAGAAGGUCAUCUAAAAUAUCGUGUAAAGGGGGCUAGUACUUAUAGUCCAUAUAGGUUAAGACCAAUCGUGGGAAUAAAACUUCCCAUCAAUACUUCGUUUGCACCACUCAUCUACAUGCACAACCCUCACACGGAACCUGUACAGAUUGUAGAAGUUUAUAGUAGCGGUGGUGAUUUUCACUUAGAACUACCCAGUGGUGAAUUAGAAGGUCCAAAAGAUCUCUGGGAAAUACCACCGCUUGAAACAAAAGCCAUUAUUCGAGUUAGUUUUCACGCAAGAUCUGAACAAAAUCAUACUGCCUACGUUCGAAUUAAAUUAAAUAAUACCGAUGAAAUUUUGGUCGUUCCAUUGGAAGUGGAGGUGACUUCUUCAGCUAGUUUCUUUCAUCCACAAGGAUCGGUCGAUUUUGGUAUUGGGGGUUCGUUGGAUCCAGCCAAGAAGUUGAAAUUAGUUUUGCAGAAUCCACUUAGGAAGCCCAUGAAGAUUCAUAGCAUAACGACCACAUCAAAAGCUAUUAAGAUUGAUUAUGAUAGAACGAAGCUAUCAGAUGCUAAAAUGACAACAGAUGAUUUAUUAGAAGUUGGAAUGUUGACUCUUGACUGGAAAACCGCGUUCGAUACAAAAGACUUUUCAGGACAAAUCGUUAUAAAAUAUAAAAACUCAAAAACGAAAACGAAAAUACCAUAUUACAUAACCAUCGUUGAAGGUGGUUUGUCGUUUAACACGUCCAUAACAAAGUAUUUCGUUAGAGAGAAAAUCACGAACUUAUCAGUUCGGAAAAUGGAAAUACGAAACGAAUUUCCGACCCCCGUCAGGUUGACCGACGUAGUUUUACCAAAAGAGGCUCAGACUUAUUUCCAAAUUUUAGAUUUUAAGUCGAUCGUGUUACAACCAAAGGAAGAGAAAGUUGUUUUCAAAUUAGUUUUAAAAUCAAACGUUUCGUUGGCCGAAGUUAAUCUAAAUUCGCACAUACUGCUUAGAACAAACGUUUCCGACGUGGAAAUACCACUUCUUACUUAUGACGGACAAUUGGAAAGGUAUUUGUCUUUCCGGAGUAAAGACAACUCUUUAGAUCUCGGUUUAAUUAGCAUAGAAAGUACAAAGGAAACCUACAUUUUGCUCUUAAAUAAAAACCCAGUUAGUGUUGUUAUUAAACAUUUAAGCACUUCUUUGCCGUCGAGCACUAUUAAUGUUGUUGGUUGUGAUAGAGGUGAUCCGAUGGAUGCACUUUUAAAAGAAAAUUUUAGGAAUUCUUCUAAAUGCGUUCGAUUACGAUCAAAUGAAUACACAAUUUUACGGUUAACAGUUCAUACAUCAACAAUUGAAGGUCAAAUAUGGGGCGACGUCUCCGUUCAAACGCAAUAUGAAAAAAUGUCGGUCCCAGUACACUUUAAAGUAGCCCAGGGAAAACUGGAUAUUGAGCCCGAUGUGCUCAUUUUCGAUCAAUGCUUUCCUGGUAAGAUUUGUACUCGACCGUUGAGAGUGCAUUCAACUUUCAAUGAUCCUAUGGUGAUUGAGGAUAUUUUAACGAUACCACCAGAUCCGAGGAUUACAAGCAAACAUAGUGGUCAUAUUAUGGGAAAGGCAACGAAGGUUAUUGGACAUUUAUUUUUGGAUCCAAAUAUUGAGUGUCAUCCUGAUUGUUAUUUAGGAAUACAAAAAGAAAAUACAGAUGAAUGGCUUCGAACAUUCUCCUUACCAAAAUCAUCCGCCGAAUUCGAUAUAAAUCUAGUCAACACGUUCUACAAUCGCUACCUGAAUUUCUCCUCCAACAAACACCACCGUUGGCAAAAUAUUACCAUGCGAUUGGACACUUCUGAAGUAAAAGGUCACGUGUUUCACUCUCGCGUUCACAUGACUUGGCCGAGUUUAAUUUCAAAUUCGGAGACUCCAACGCGAUCAAUAUGCCAAUUUCCUUUAACACAAGUUGGAAAUAUUUCUUAUCAAAAUCUAACUAUAACAAAUCCUUCGACUUUGAAUUUAAUAAUUCAAUUAGUUAUGGAUAAUGUUUAUCCGAACGCGGAAAGUUUAAAAGAUGCGUUAUCUUUUGAUUUUUUCUUGGGUGCUUCUUCGACGAUUAAACGAAAUAAAGCGUUCUUUUUCGCGGAAAAUUAUUCGGAAAUGCGGGAAAGUUUUAUAAAAACGAGUAAUACCAUUGUUAAUAGGCAUACUGUGCCGAUUUUACUUAAACCGGGAGAAAAUUUUACUGUUAAAGUUGGUUAUGUGGCAACGGAUGCUAUUUCAGAUUCUUCUUUUUUAUUUAUAAGAAAUAACUUGACCGUUAUCGAAGUGGUUCAUUUAAAAGCUCAAGGCGCUUAUCCAAGUUUUAAGUUUGGAAAUCGAAAGCCAGGCGCUUUACAACCGUUACUAUUCGAAUUAAAUGAAAAGCAUUUAAAAGAUUGCGAAAAAGAUAUAAAAAGCAAACGGUUUAUUUCGACGAAUUUAUCGAUUAAACGAACAUUUACGGCGCGAAAUACCGGCGAUAUUGUCGUUUUUAUAAACAAUUUUUUAAUAAACGGUUUAAGUUGUGAAGGGUAUGGUUUUAAAGUACUUAAUUGCGAACCAUUCGCCUUAAAACCAAAUUCAACAAAAAAAAUCGACAUUGAGUUCACGCCGGAUUUUACACUUUUAAAAAUAACUCGUCAACUUACUUUAGAAACAAGCUUAAAUCAGAACGUUAAUUACACUUUAGUAGCCACGGUUCCGCAAAUCUAUUUAAAUUUGUGCCCGAAAAUCGUGCCGAGACCUUCUUGGGAAGUUUACAUUUACAAUUCUUCGAUUUUGUCAAUGAUCGCGAUGUUAAUUUGCGUUUGCGUAGCGGCAUUAAUUGAAUCAGAAAGGAUUUUAAAAUCGGCAUUAAACGUCAUUUCGAGGCAUAAUCCGAAUCAAGGAACGUUAGAUUUAAGAUUAAUUGGGGCUCAAACUAAAGCGGAAAUAAGAAAUCCUAAAUUGGAGUUAGACGAUCAAAAAGAUGCUAAAAGAGAUAAAGUAGUGAGUGAAAAAAAUAAAGAUGAAUCGAAAAUGGCUGUUGAAGAAAAGUACACGGUUUUAAUACCAACAACGGGAAAAUCAAAGAAAAAAUUGGCUAAAACGAAAAGUAACGAUAUUUUAAAUGAUAUAACUGAUAAUAAAAAUAAAGAGAGUGUGACGAAAGAUAAAAUUGUUGAAAAAAUAGCUAAGAAAAAUGAGAUAAAAAUGACACGAGAAUUGAGAAAACUAAAAGAGAAAAAAGUUAAUAAUAAUUAUAAUAAAGAAAAGAAAUUUUUGGAGCCAACAGUUCAAACCUGCGAAGAAGAAACAUCUUCAACAACGACCGAAUCCAGUUGUAAUAAUGAGGAAAUUGAGAAACCACCACCAAAUAAGAUUUUAUUGGUUCGAAAACAUUCAAAAAAUGGAACUAAACACGACGAAGAACUUCACCAGAAAAUAUUCGAUAAAAAGAAAUUAAUACAAAAACAAUCCACCAAUAAAAAGGAAUUUAAAGAAAAUAUAAUAGAACUCCAAAAAGAACGGAAAGAAAAGAUAUUUAAAAAACCCAGCGAAAAAAUGAACAAUUUUAAACUGGAUAAUAGUACAAAUAUUAUAAAUAAUUCCCGGGUAAGUCCUUCAGUUAACGGAAAUCAUACUAACAAUGUUUGGGGAGAAAAUAAAGCAUCUUUUAGUGACGUCGUUUCGCGAAAUGAAACGCAAACAUUUUCCACAUUAAAUUCACCUACUCUUGUCCAAUCGAGCCCCACCAAUCCAAAACUGCAACCAAGUAAACCUACAGUUUACGUCGAACCUUACAAUAAAACCAACCAAAAUGUUGAGUUGGGACCGAUUGGUUCAAGAAAAGAUUAUUUUAAUGGGUCACCAACAUCAAAUUUAUUAUUGCAAGAAAGCCAAAUACAUCAUCAAAUUAACAACCAAAUAAAUCAAAUUAAUCAACUCCAACCAAACAAUAGUUUUUUUUCUGAUAUGGAUGUCAAUUAUUAUUCUUCGUUGGAUUUACAAUAUGGAACGGGUAUUCAAGAUCCAUGGUUGAGGCCUGGAGAUAAUGGAGUCAACGGAAACGGGGUGGGAUCAGCGUAUUGGGAUUCGAUUUUAAAUGGAGGAAACGUUGGUAGAGUUGAAGGCGGCGAGAUGAUGGGAAUGGGUGUGGAUUCGGUGGCGGUGGCAUCAUCCUCGUCGUCAACGUCAUCGUCGGCGGCGAUGUUACAGGAAUCGUGUUGGUCGUGGGGGUCACCCGUUUGGCAACCGUUGGGGACGGAUUUGUGUCGAGGACCAACGAGGACGCCUCCCGGGUUUGCACCACAACGAGAUGAUGAGCGUACAUCUCAAACCCAACAAAACAACUCACAAAUACGCCAGCAACAAGUACCCGAAAACAUUUAUGGUCCUUUCAGCGUGAACAUCUGGUCCCAUCAGCAACAGGCGAACCCCUGGACUUUUCCUCACAGUCAGUAACUUUCCUUUAGGUUUUUUUCCUUUUUUAAUUUUGUUUUAAUUUCCUUUUUAUUUUUCUUUUCUUUAAAUUUUAUUACUUUCACCUAACCUUUAUAAUAAUACAUACAGUAAUCCUUUGUAACUCCCAAAAUAUACAGUAAAGUACAAGGAAAAAUCCUAAAAAAUGUGUUCGUUCCUGUAUCUUAAUCCUCGCAUCGGUUAAUUAUUAAUGUUAUUGUUUUUUAGUGCCUUUUUUUUGCUUAGAGUCAUAUUUCCAAAGAGUCAAAAAUGAUGUAACUUUUGUUUGAUUAUAAUUAUUAAUUUGACGUUUCUUUUUUAUUUAAUUAUUAUUUGAUUUGUAUUUUUUGAUCAUUAUUUAAUUUUGUUUUAUCUUUGUCUUUAUAUCUUAAAAGAGCAUUAAUUUUAAUUUCAUUACCAUAUUGAUUCUUUGUAUCCAAAGCGCGUUAAAUAUUUAUUUAUACAAGAAGCCAUCAUAAACGAGUUUUUUUUUUAAUAUUUUUUUAUUUAUUUUCAUUUCUAUUUACAUUUCCCACAUCUCCUUUUCACCUGAAUUGUUGAAUUGUUUAUCUGAUUGUUAAAUAACCUAAAAGAAAAAUGUGUUUUGGAAAUGCAUAAGUGUACUUUUUCCCUUCUCAAAACGAACAGUUUAAAUAAAUGUCACUUUUCCAAACAAA